AUGUACCUUGUCUGUUUGAGGACUAUUAAGGGUAGUAAGCCAGGUUAUUCAAUGGGGAAAAGGACAUGGGAAUAUACUACUGUCAUGAGGAAAGCUCCGUACGACAAAAAUGCUCCAAGGCGACCUCUUUCAGCAUUUAUGUUGUUCAUGAAAAAGCGCAGACAAGAAUCAGAAUAUAUUGCUUCACAGUCAUUUUCAGACAGAAAUCGUAUUAUUGCUACUGAAUGGGCUGCUCUAUCUGCUGAAGAGAAACAAAAAUGGUUAGCUUCCAAUGAAACGGUCAAUGCUAAUGGGCCCAAAGCUGGAUGUAAACGACCAGUAAAACAAAUAUCACAUACUAAAAACAAUGACAUAGAAGCAGAUUGCAAAAUUUCAAUAUUUACUCAUGAAUUUCUGGAAUACAACAGACUUCGUGAAGUUAUCUUGCGUCAAUUGAAGAAACACGUAUCACAGCUUGAAGAAGAAACCGCUCUACUAAGUAAGCAUGUGGAAAAUCUUGUAAAUGCUGAAAAUCGGACAAAAAAUCAAAUUACUACAACGAAGGAAUUACUAACCAAUGAAGAAAAUUUAUUGAAACAGCUAUGUAAAGAGUUAACAAUUGCUUUAAGCGAUGUCACUUUAUCCAAUAAUACAUCCGAUAUAAGUUUAAAAGGAAUUGAACGUAUUACAGAAACUAGUGUGGAAUCUUUUCUUUCAAGAUUAGAAUCUUUAAAAAAUUCUUCAUCUUAUUUAGAAUUAUCAUCAAAAAUUAUACAAUCCAUUCGUUUAGCUUGUCAAAAGAAAACAAUUAAAUUGUUAACUUAUGAAAUAAAUUAA